AUGGCUCAGAGCUUAACCCAAAAGAUGCCUCAGAGACUACUACACGCUAGGUUAGGACACCCAGGCAAGCAUAUGGAAGGUAAGCUGAACACCCUGAUGGAUGAUCUCGGAAACCAGUCAUUCUGCCCGCCAUUCUGCUCAAGCUGCACCGAGGCAAAAAUGACAAGAAAUGUCGCCAGGGAGCCGAUGUCUAUUGUGACAGAAAAGCUAGAGAGAGUCCACAUGGACCUUUGGGGGCCAGUUGAGCCAUCACUGCAAGGAAUGAAGUACAUGUUGACAAUCACUGACCAGGCUACCGGGAGAAUCUGGGUUUAUUUCUCCAGAGACAAAAUGAGAAUUAUUGAGAAGAUUAAAGCCUGGGUAGUUGUGGCAGAAGCAGAAUGUCGACAGUACGGAAAAGGUGAAAAGGUCAUGGCCAUGCGCUUUGAUCGCGGAAAGGAGUUUCUAAAUGAGGCAAUGAAGGUAUUCUGCACGGGGAGAGCGAUCCGGAUCGAACCAACAGUGGGCUACCACCCGGAGGGAAAUGGCAUUUCUGAGAGGAGUAUGAGAACUAUAUCGGAAAGGGGAGCUGCUAUGCGACAUGAAAUGGACCUCCCGGCAGGUUACUGGGAGUUUUCUAAUGCAACAGCGGCCUAUCUGAGAAAUAGGGGAGUUGUUAAGGGAAUGGCUAAAAGCCCAUGGGAGGUAUGGGCCGUAUGGCGCGGAGAGAAGCCAAGAGCAGGGCACUUAAGAGUGUUUGGAUGCCCCGCCUGGGUACUGAUCCCUGAAGAAAAGAGAACAAAGCUUCGUAAGAAAGCAUGGCAAGGAGUCUUUGUUGGAUACAAAGAAGAAACAGACAAAAUCUAUCUAGUCUGGAACCCAGCUGAUAAGAGAGUCCACGAGGCUCGAUUCGUAGAAUUCGAUGAGGGCAAGUACAUGGACAAUACAGUUGGGGAAGUAUCACAAUCGCAGCAUGACGAUGAAAAAGAGGAUGCAAUGGAACAUGAGGAGUUCACUGAUGACGAAACCGAUGCCGGAGAUUCGGCCAAGGACAGGAUCACGGACCAGGAAGCUACAGACGUUGAGGACGAGGGUGGAGAAGGAACGAAUGGAGACCCGACCGACCAAGACACUGCAGAUUCAGAGGAAGAGCCUCACGGAGACACGAUCAUUGUUAAUACAGAAGAAGCGGACAAAAGCCCUACUGGAGCCGAGGAGAUGCUUAGUCCCAGCAACAACGCUAACUCGAAUCAGCUGAAAACAAGAUCCCAGAUUCGACGAGACGCCGUGGCAUUAAAAAGAGCAGAAAAGCAGCAAGCAGAGCUGGAACGGCGGCAAAGAGAAGAACAGCGCGUGGCAGAACGUCUGAAGAAGCGAGGGGAGAGUAGCAGGAAGGAAAGAGCUAUGGUAGCAAGGGCGCUUCUUCAGCCUAAUACGGACAUUUACGACUUCGACCCGAAGAAGCUUACAUUCCGACAAGCAAUGGAAGGCAGUGAGAAGGACAAAUGGUUAGGAGCCAUAGACGAGUGUGGCGUUGAGCUUGACUAUGUUGAAUAG